UUGACGUCACGGAGCGGCACCGGAAGUGGAGUCCCGGCAGUGUAUCCGGUUCGUGUCUCCAGAUGACAGAUAGUCCGGACAGCAUCGUCCUGCAGCGGACACACAGCGGAACCGGGGCCGGCCCGACGAUGGUGAAGGUGGAGUCAGGUGUGACAGGUGUGUCGGUUGUGUCAGCACUGACACCGUCACAGAUAGCUGAGCUUCACUUCCUGCGUGCGAGAGUUCGAGAGCUCGAGAGAGAGAAAGCAGAGCUCUCGGCUGAGAACCAGAGACUGAAGAACAUGCUGGUCCACGAGAUCCCUGGGCUCCUGUCCACCAUGUGGCAGAUGUUGGGCCAGGUUAACAGUCACAACUCUGUCUCCACUGCAACAGUCGGGAGCAACAGUUAUGCUCCUUAUCACCACCACACAGCGAACAAUCAGGAUGGAGACUUCAGCCCUCAGGUCCACGUCCAGCAGCUCCAGGAGGAGCUGAGCAGGGAUCUGUCGGAGUCCUGGGGCCCACUGGGCUCUGAGGACGAGGAGGUGCCAGGAGGCGCAGACUUGGGCUUGGGGAGCCACAUGGGGGAGGAGGCGCCACUCUGCAGCCAGACUGACAUGGAGGAGCUGAGGAGGAGCUGCUCCGAGAGCCAGUGUACUGCUGGAGACGCAACCGGACAGGUGAGCCAGGUGGAGGUGUAUCCAGGCUCUGGUGUGCCCUGUGAUGUGCGGUCGUGGCAGGCAGCCAAUCAGGCACAGUCUCCCACGGCAAUGGCGCGGACGCUGCUGCUGGGCGUGUUUGAUAUGAACACACUGAUGAACAGCAACCUGAGAGGCGGGCGGAGCCGCCGGCCUGCCUUCCACCCACAACGGAGCGCUCUUGACCCACACAAGAUCAACGCCAUCUUCAACGCCAUCUUGGCUCGGUUUCCUCUCGCCAAGAAAGGAGUCAUCGGCUCUGGCAUCAACUCCAAACUCUCUGAGAUCCGUUUUCGCUCCCGCAGAGCCAAUCGAGAUCCCCGGUUUCUCUGACAGACAGCUGGACGUCCCCGCCUACCUCACCGAAAACAACAUGGAUCAUUCAGUGAGAAGGCAGCAGUGUGGAGCUGCCGGACCAAUGAGGAGGCAGCAGUCUGGAGCUG